GUUAUUUUUAUUUUAUUUAGAUAUUAUUAAACAAUAAAAAUGGAAGACAAGCGUAAGCGUGAUUUAGAAGAUGAAAUGAGCAGGUUUGAAUCUGAGAUUUCUGGAAACCUGCCACCUCCUCCUAAAAUACCAAUGCUUCGUCUGCCAACAUCAACACCCAGUUCUCAACCAUCAAAUUUUAGUUUGCCUGCAAAACCACCUAAUCCACCACCUAGGAUGCCAACAUUCCCUCCAACUUUAAAUAAUCACAUGUUUCAUGGACUACCAUCGAUGGAUGGUCUUCAUCCUCCAGGAAUAAUGCCUCCUCAUUUAAUGGUUCCUCCUAUGAUGCCUCCACAUAUGAUGAUGCCUCACAGUGGACCUUCUGGACUUUUGCCUCCAAGUAUGAUUAUACCAAAUUUUGACAAAGAUCGUCGUGAUGGUAAAAAAGGAAUGAAAAAAGAAAAGAAAAAAACUGUUGUUCGUGUUGCAGGUGGUACUGUUUGGGAAGACAGCACAUUACUUGAUUGGGAUCCAAACGAUUUUCGUAUAUUCGUUGGUGACCUUGGUAACGAAGUCUCUGAUGAUGCUUUACUUCGUGCAUUUUCUAAAUAUCCAUCCUUGCUUCGUGCAAAGAUCGUGAGAGAUAAAAAAACUAAAAAAACUAAAGGUUAUGGGUUUGUUAGUUUUAAAGACCCCCAAGAUUAUUUAAAAGCAAUGAGAGAGAUGAAUGGAAAGUACGUUGGAAACCGGCCUAUAAAAUUAAGGAAAAGCUCCUGGAAAGAACGAAACAUCGGUCAAGCGAGAAAAAAAGAAAAAGAAAAGAAGAAAUUAGGCAUUCGUUAAUAGAAAAUAUUUAAUUUCAAACUGCGAUGUAAACAAUAGGCGGUAAUGAAAAUGUUUCGUCAAAAAUCUCAACACGAUCAAGAAAUAUGCCACUAUAACAAUGUUUGGUCAGAAAGGAUUAAGGGAUAUGCCACUAUAACAAUGUUUGGUCAGAAAAGUUCGAUCAAGGAAUAUGCCGCUAUACCAUUUUUGCAUCGUUGUAAUAGCAUUCUACAUAUAACGCAUGUUUGCGUUUAUUUAAAGUUUGUUUAAUAUCUUGUUACAAAAUAGUUUUGUAUUUUUGCUCGGUAUAUUUA